AUGCUUGGACCUCGACCAAAGUUGAACAGGCAUUGCAUGCAUAUGGACUAUUGGGCCAUAAAACUGGAACCCUUCACGAAAUGGAUAAAACAUUACAGUAGCUGUCAUAAGAUACUUCUAGUGGGAGAAAGUGAUUAUUCUUUUGCUGUUUGCUUGGCUAAAGCCUUUGGUUCUGCCACUAACAUUAAAACAUUCGCCAAAUUGAGAGUCGUCAAAAGGUUGGUGAAGGGCUUCCUGAAGAGUGCACAUGAUAAAUUGGAAGAGAAUGAAGAAAUUCAGGUGAUCCACAAGACCACGUAUCCAUUUAAGAAGUGGGAAAUUGAGAAAUCAGCUGAGGAUGCUGGGCUUUUCUUGGUUAAGAAAGUUAAUUUCAGAGUUUCUGAUUAUCCAGGAUACGAAAAUAAAAUUGGAUAGGCUCUUGUGCAGACUUUUGUUGUUGGGAACUGUUGUAUCUUCAAAUUUGCCUGGAUUACAAUUGCUUGACAUAAUAAAUCAUGCACCGAAGGCCUGAAUAUGUUUCGAGCAGAACUUUAAGUUCCUCUCAUCCUCAUUGAUACAACUAUUGGCAUUGAUACUCUUCGCAUAAGCGAAGAUGCAGUAAGAUUCAAGUUGAAAUCCUGUUUUUGCCAUCCUGACAAGAAUCUACUAUCUUGUGCAGACAAGUAUGA